AUGCCAUCAAAGAAACCGGACGCCUUUUCGCAGUCGCGAAGAGACAGGGGGGAGGCAAACAAUUUGCGCACCGACACUGAUGACGAGUGCUUGGUAGCGAAUAAACGUUAUCAGGAUGUGGAAGAGCGACGAUUAAAGGAGUGGGAAAAUUACCAACGGAGCCAUCGCUCCACGGAGGAGCAGCAGUCAUCUCGGGCCUUUCUAGAUGUGUCAAUUGGUGACGUUCUUGCUGGGCGGCUAGUGCUGGAGCUGUUUGAAGAUACAGUUCCAAAUACCGUGAACAAUUUCAGGGCCCUUAUUACGGGGUCAUGCGGAAUAGACCCCCUUACUAACGUUAAGCUGGACUACCUUGACACCCCAGUCCACCACGUGGACCACGCCAACAAGAUUGUGGUUCUAGGUGAGCUAGAUUCGUUUAACAUUUCUUCUACUGGAAAACCAGUAGAAGAUGAGGGUUACCGCCAGCGACACUCGGAGCGAGGCCUGCUCACCAUGAUUUCCAACGGGCCACAUACAAGUGGAUCUAUCUUUGGCAUUACACUCGGGCCGUCGCCGUCGCUCGAUUUCAAGCAAGUUGUGUUUGGAAGGGCUGUUGAUGAUCUCACGCUACUGGACAAAUUAGAGACCCUUCCUCUCGAUAGUGUUGGCCGCCCACUCGUGCCAGCUGUAGUCACCUUCUGCGGCGUUUUGACAGGGCUGAAGCCUACAGGGACGUGGCCUCCUGUCAGGGUGCAAAGCUAA